AUGACUUCGAAGAUUCAGAAAAUAAAGAAGAUCGGUGGAACUUCAUCGGCAAAUGUGUACAAGGCAAAAUAUUAUAUCGACAAUACAACCUCUAAACAGGUUGUCGUGAAGUCGUUCAGGGGGCAAUCUGAAAGCCAGGAAUUAUUACUCCAAGCCGAAACCUGGAUGACUUUACGGCACGAUAAUAUCCUUACUCCGAUAGGAUUCACUGAUGGAUUCGGACCGUUUCCAUCGAUUGUGUACGACUGGAUGCCCGGCGGGACAUUGGCCUCGUACCUCGAACAAAAUUCUGACAGUCUGAGUGUGCUGCAAAAGCUUUGCAUUGCAAGUCUUAUCCAGCAAAUAGCGGCCGGACUCUGUUACCUUCACGACAAGAAUGUCAUUCAUGGCAACCUACAUGGGAACAACGUCCUAAUCGACACCAACGGUGUUGCAUACCUUGCAGAUUACGAAGUUACUGUGGCGCACCGAGGACAAUACAUCCCACCGUCUGUGAGAUGGCAGGCGCCCGAACGCUUCGACAGCCAAGGCGUUGUCGCACCCACGACAAAGAGUGAUAUCUACUCUCUUGGAGCUAUCAUGCUUCAGGUGUUUACUGGCCGUGAGCCCUAUUUCGAUGUCAGAAGCAGAUCCAAGGUUUCCAUCGAAAUAUUGAAUGGAAGUAAACCCUCGCGACCGCAUGAUGCUCAUAUCGCGGAUCAUCACUGGCUAUUCAUUCAAACAUGCUGGUCCGUCCCAGAACACCGCCCAUCUGCCGCUGAAGUGCUACACUUCGCUCAAAGUGAAGCCGAUCUUCUUAGCGCAUAG